AUGGUUUACGGCUACCUGUGCGCCGUCGAUCGUUGCAUUCACGAGUUUUUCGAUGAAACAAAAGAGGAUAAAUUUGAGCUGGUAUCCGAUUCAUUUUCCGUCUCACAGCUACACCACAAUUCCGUUUCAGAUGUGGCGAAAACUUCCGGAAUCAUUGAAUUGGUGUGCAACGAACGCACAGAUGAGCGUCGUCAAAUUCACGUCGAGACGAGAACUGAUGAUGUUCAAAGUGAACAAUAUGUUGGAGGUUGACCACACUCGUAUUUGUGCCUAUGUUUUUGUUCAGAAGAACAAACAGAAAACAGUGGAUGAAAAGUGCACGGCAGUCGUGAUUUCCUUCGACGACGAUUCGUCUCUUCGGGAUCUUGAUUUAGAAGUGAGUGGGAAUAGAAGAGAGGGAGGAUUCGGUCGGUUGUUCGGCAAAUUGGAGACACAUUUUGCGGGGGAAUCGGAUUCAAAGUUCAACAGUAUAAGGUUUACGAGUCAAAACACAAAAUGUCUAUGCGCUGUAAUGUAAAAGUAACAGAAAAUCCUGAAAACCUGCACCGUCCACCACAUUGUCUUCUCGUCCUCUCGAAUCCAAGGCCUCGCCAACGUGCUCAAGUCGAUCAGCUCCACAAUCGAUCUUCUGAUCGUGGGACCGUCGGCGGCCUCCUCCCAUCUACUCUUCCAACAGUUUCUGGGCGAUUACAAUGAUUAUCUGCCGACUGUUUGUCAGGUAGCCUUAUUUGUCCGUACUUGUAAACCAUUUACAAACGUUUGUUUCAGAUAAACUUCGCGCACACGUUGCCCAAAUCGCGUGAAGAAAACGGAUUCAUGGAAUCGAUUCAGAAAUUGAGAUCGGAGAAAAAGUACUUGUUGAUGGGUGCGAGCAAGGAUCGGACUGAUAUGCAUUUGAAUGUCUUCUUUGAGAAUAUGGAUCAAAAGUACUGUGGCGAACGGUAUUUCCGAUACUUUUCGUACUUUUAG